CUCAAAAUGAUAAAUAAAUAAGCUAACAACUAAAUUAAAAAAACAUUGAAAAUAAAAAUUGUUUGAAGAAAUAUAUAAAAGGAGAAAAAAAUAUAUACGUAUAUGAUAUAUAUAGUCAAAAUACUGACGUUUUCAUUGUAGUUUAUACAGAAGUAUCCAAAGGAAAAUUUUAAAAUAACACUAACAGCAGCAGCAACAACAGCGACUCAUUGAUCACUAAGCAACAGCUUGAAGCACAAGAAUAUCUCAUUGAAUUUGACCAAUUCGUCAAGAAGAGGACACACGCAAAAUCUACUUGCAUGACUCGAGGGUUACCGUCCAACACUGCGUUUUUGACACACACCAUGUCAGACCGAAACAGUGAAAGCGGGAGUGAGGAUAAAUAUGAGAAAUUAAAUGGCAAAGGAGAUGAUAUUUGCAGAGACUUCUUGCGCAAUGUUUGCAGGCGUGGCAAGCACUGCAGAUACAGGCAUCCUGAAGCUGGUGAAGCCAAAGAGUUGGGGAAGCAACAUGAGUAUACCUUCUGUCAUGAUUACCAAAAUACCAGAUGUCGUCGUCUCAACUGCAAGUUUCUCCACUGCACUCGCGAAGAGGAGGAGUACUACAAGCAAACUGCACAGCUUCCAGUACGAUUGCAACAGGCUGCAGCUCUUGGUAUUGGCGUUGCACCCCAUGAACUUCCAUUACUGAAAGGUGAGAUCCCAAUUUGCAAAGACUUCUUGAAGGGUGAGUGCAAACGUGGAGCAAAAUGCAAGUUCCGGCACCUAUCUGUUGCAGAAUAUGAAUAUGAACUAAGAAAGUCAACCACUGAUCAUCGCCCCAAUCAUCAGACUCAAAACUCUUAUGACCCAGCAGAAGACGACUUUGAUCGUUUUGAUAACAGGUUUGAUUAUGGACACAGCGCACUGAAACGCAGACGUGCAGAUCUCGAUGGAUUCACUUCAUCAUUUGAAGCCCGCUACACAACAAUUCGUCCACUUAGCUACCAACUACUGGAUGAGGAGAACAAUAUGUUGAGACGCAAAGUGGAAGAGAUGAAAAAGCAGGUUGCAGAUUUGACUGCAGCCAAUGAAGUUCUGCUCGAGCAAAAUGCCCGCUACCGCGUUAGCAAAUCAAACCAUGUUCAAACAAUUAAUGUACCCGUGAGUCAAGCGCUAUCAGUUAGUCAGAGUCUUGCGGCGGCGGGGGUUGCAACUGGAGGAGUUGCACCGACGCCGAGCCAACAGCAAUUGAACCAUAUAAAUAACAGCCUGGCGCAGCAAAUAGCUAUGAACAAUGACUUAGUUUCCCAGCACGCUUUGCAGCAGCGCAUCGCGAGAGAACAGCUUGGCCCACCUCCACAAGCGCAGUGCAGCCUGUCGGCGCAGUCUUUAAGUCCUUCAGUCACGAUUAACCCCCCCACAAUAGUGCCUGUCUCACUACCACAAAGUAACAUUUCAGCCGUCUCUCUCACCCCAGCGUCUCUUCAGCAGAACUUGCCACCCCCAGUUAGCCUUGCGCAACGAACGCCCCACCAAAGCUUACCCCUGUCUGCCCAGAAUUCUCCCUUGGUGUCCUACCCUAUAGUUUCCCAAAGUAUGCGGACUCAAAGCAGCUUGGCUCACUAGCCCACUUCUCUAGUGUUUCGUGGCUUCUUGGAACUCAGUCUCCAGAACAAGGAUUAGCAAUUCCGAGAUAGCAUUUUUGAAUUCAAAACAGUUCUUAUCUUAAAAUGAACUUCUCCUCCUUUAAUGAUGUGAAUAAAUGUCAUUCAGUAUCACAUA